GUGUAUUGCUUGAUUGUUCUACCCCUGUUCCCACUCUCCCUACCCCCCGUGUUCUGUGAUUACCAGGACUUCUCAAGUACCGCAUCGGUUCAGACUGAUGUCGACGGAACAGGACACCGGGGCACUGCCACGACGUUGUGCCAGAAUCGCAAUUCGUGCCCGCCCUGCAGUACCUCCAAGACCGAAGAAACUCAGCAGGCGGGCGACUCCAGCAGCAUCAAGUACGGCAUUGACGGUACAAGACGCCACCGGAGAUCAUCCCGCAUACCCAGUCCGAGGAGCCAAUGAGCCAGCGGCUGAUUAUCGUGGGCGGCUACUGGCAUUUACGGAAGCCGUAGCUGCCGUCGAGGCCCGGAAGGAGACAGCAGAGGCAGAACGUCAGCGGCUAGCCAAUGAAGCGGCAGCCGAAGCUCAGCGAAAGACUGAGACUGACGCAGAGACACGAGACAGACGGAAUGCCAGCAGCACGGAGUCCCUGAUUGCUAGUGAGCAUCAGUGGACAACGGUACUCCAAGGCAUGAUCUUUGUGCCGACGGAAACGCAGGCGGAACCGACACAGGCGGAGGCAGAGAGAAGUAACCUGGCUACCGUGAUGUUGAACGUAAUGAGGGGAGUAAUGUGGAACAACAAACUACUGCAGGCACACCUGCACGCGGAACGGCAGCAAAGAUAGCAGUACCAGCAAGACCUGGCCGCUGUAACAGCCGGCGUCCGCGACGCAGCAAUGCAGCAGCAGCAACAGCAACAGCUGAUGAACUCUACCAUCGCACGCAUCAACAGCAUUGAGGCCAAGGCCUCAGCAGCGCCAGGCUGCACGACGGACGCGACGAAGCAAAUCAAUGAGCGCAUCGAUC